CAUAAUAUUUUCUGCAGAUGUUCAGUGAGCUCUCCUCAGUGGUUACUUUUCCAGCCGACCAAGUGGAAAAUUCAUCAGAAUCCAUGUUACCUGAUAGGCUUUUCAAAAAACGUGGUGUAAUUUGGAACUUUUUUCGGGAAAUUAAAUUAUAAGAGCGCCGGUUGCUCAUUUGCAUUUCUGCCGCCACCUAAAAAAAAAAAGAAAAAAAAAAAGCAUCUCCUAGAGGCUGAAAGCUUCAUUCUCAAGUGAUGUGGAGGUUAAAACUGUUUACUGUGACACGAGGUGAGCGAUAAAAGUCCAGCAGGACCAGCGCACAGACGUGCAUCUGCCGUGUGCGGGCAGCGCUGUGUUAAAGCAACAGGCGUCGAAGCGCACUGGGAGGAGAACCUGUGCUGAAAAUUAACGCUAAAAAUAUAUAUUCGCUCCCGGCUCCAGCUCCACACACUGUAUGCGUCCGCAACUUGUUCUUUUGUCAGAGGGGACGGCACCGUGCGCAGGACAGGCGCGGUGGAUGUCUUUGCGCUCGGCCGCUGUGUGUGAAUGGCUUGAGGAGACGUUGAUGCGAGAGGAAAGAGGGCGGUCAAAGUGUGACGCUCAACAGAGAGCCUUCCUCUGGCCACGGUUUCACUCCAGCUCAGCGCCUGUUAGACUGCGUCUCGCAAGUCUAGCCUAAUUUAUUGUUCGUCCAGGGCACAGCUCCCGGCACAGGACACGCAUGCUUGAAAAGACCUCCGCGCACUUGAUGCCCGCUUUGGUGAUGCCAUGCCCCGGAACCACAGCGCAGACGAAGGCGGCACCGGGCUCUGGAUGAGGACAUCGCCGGGGCACCGUGAAGACUACGGCUUGAAAGAUGUGGAGUCCGGACGAAGGAUGAUGAACAACGCGGGAGACGGUUUGCUGUCCACCUCCACCGCGGCAGGUGCCGGGUCCGAGAGCCUGAGGGGGAAGCAGGGAGCCCGGCUCAGCCUGCUGGGGAAGCCGCUCAUAUACAGCGCGCAGAGCGGCCGGAGAAACGUGCGCUACCGGCGGCUGCAAAACUACCUGUACAACGUGCUGGAGAGACCGAGAACUUGGGCGUUCAUCUACCAUGCGUUUGUGUUCAUCUUGGUCUUCAGCUGCCUGGUCCUCUCUGUGUUCUCCACCAUCCCGGCUCAUCAGGACUUCUCCCCCUACUGUCUGCUCAUUCUGGAGUUUGUGAUGAUUGUGGUGUUUGGGUUGGAGUACAUCGUCCGCAUCUGGUCGGCUGGAUGCUGCUGUCGCUACAGAGGAUGGCAGGGCCGACUCCGCUUCGCCAGGAAGCCUUUCUGCGUCAUAGACAUCAUAGUGCUGAUAGCGUCGGUGGCGGUGGUGUCGGCGGGUAGCCAGAGCAACAUCUUCGCCACCUCGGUCCUGCGGAGCCUGCGUUUCCUGCAGAUCCUACGCAUGGUGCGAAUGGACCGAAGAGGAGGCACCUGGAAGCUGCUGGGCUCUGUGGUCUACGCGCACAGCAAGGAGCUGGUAACCGCCUGGUACAUCGGCUUCUUGGUUCUCAUCUUCUCUUCGUUCCUCGUCUACCUUGUGGAGAACAAGUUCAACAAGGAGUUUGCUACCUACGCAGACGCCUUGUGGUGGGGCACGAUCACCCUGACAACCAUUGGCUAUGGGGACAAGACACCAAAGACAUGGACAGGACGGAUGCUGUCGGCAGGGUUUGCCCUCCUGGGCAUUUCGUUCUUUGCCUUGCCAGCGGGUAUUCUGGGCUCAGGCUUUGCCCUGAAGGUCCAGGAGCAGCACAGACAGAAGCACUUUGAGAAAAGGAGAAACCCGGCCGCCUACCUCAUCCAGUGUGUUUGGCGUAGUUAUGCGGCUGAUGAGAACUCGGUUUCCAUUGCUACCUGGAAGCCUCACUUGAAGGCGUUGCAUACCUGCAGCCCUAUAAAGAAGGAGCAGGGAGAGUCGACCACAAGUAAAAUUCAUAGUAAUAAACAGAAGCUACUGAGGAGGCGUUCCACUCGGAAACAUAGUCAGAAGUUGAGCUUCAAGGAGCGGGUGAGGUUGGCGAGCCCCCGAGGUCAGAGCAUCAAAAACAGGCAGACGUCUUCAGUGAACGACCGGCGGUCUCCGGUGGCUGAGGCUGGGCCAGAGGGCACCAGCCCUGCCAAGGUACAGAAGAGCUGGAGCUUCAACGACCGCACACGCUUCAGACCCUCACUCCGUCUUAAGAGCCAGUCGCGCUCCACCACUGAUGCAGCAGACUCCAACAUAGCAGGGGAGGAUGGCUUUGAUGACAAGGGCUGUCACUGCGAGAUCUCGGUGGAGGACUUGCUGCCCUCGGUCAAGUCUGUCAUUAGAGCUGUCAGGAUAAUGAAGUUCCAUGUAGCCAAGAAGAAGUUUAAGGAGACGCUGCGUCCUUAUGAUGUCAAGGAUGUGAUUGAGCAGUACUCUGCCGGUCACUUGGACAUGCUGUGUCGCAUCAAGAGCCUGCAGACCAGGCUGGACAUGAUAGUAGGCCCACAGACCCUGAGCAGCCGAGCCAAGACCUUUUCCUCCCCCUCCCUGCCUGCCUAUUACAGCCAGGGCAGAAAGAACUCCACCCAGGGAGUGGACCAAAUCCUUGGGAAAGGCCAGAUCCCUCUGGAUAAGAAGAUUCGAGAGAAGCUGCUGUCCGAUGGAGAUAUCUUAGAGGACAUGAGCAUGCUGGGUCGUGUCUGUAAGGUGGAGCGGCAGGUCCAGUCGAUUGAGUCAAAGCUCGACUCCCUGCUCGACAUCUAUCGUCAGGUUUUGCGUAAAGGCUCGUCUUCAGCCCUCACGCUCUCCUCUCUGCCCCUGUUCGAGCUGGAACAGACCUCUGACUACCACUCCUCCGUCUUCAGCAAGGACCUGUCCUGCUCCACCCAGGUCAGCAGCAGCGGAGCGCCUCCCCCUGGUGGCUGCGACACACGCUCCUCCACCAACUCCCACCUCUCCCAGGGAGGACAGCUCAUCAUGGCGCCGCCCAACGAGCUCAACCUCAAUCUCAAUGCCUCCUCUUCUACACGUCCCUCCGGCCUUCCAUCCUCCUCUUUCAGCCCGUCGCCACUGCCUCAUCACCAUCAUCAUCACCACCACCACCACCACCCUCAUCAUCCUCAGGCUCAGGCCACCACGCCUGAAAGUGGCACUGAUGAGGCUGUGGGGAGCUCUCCACCCAUCCUCACCCCAAAUAGUACCAGCAGUGGUGGGGGCGGAGGAGUCGAAGAUGGAGGGUUUCCUCUUCUGGCGAGGCUUCCACCACCACCCCCUCCCAGCCGAAGUGGGGGCCCGAACAACUUGCCACGAGCAACCUCCACAGAAGUGCCUCCCGACAUGGAAGACUUUUGUGGAGGUUUAGGGAUGCAGAUGGAGGACAGCAGUGCUGGCCUUGGGUUGGGGCUGGGCAGACUGGGACAGCAGCAACAGGGCAGCACCAACAACAGUGGCAGGCUCAACCCUAAGGAGGAGGGCUCCUGGAGGAGACACAUGAGCCUAGAGCUGCAGCCCCUGGUGCCACCAGCCCUGGGCUGCUACUCUGGCCCCAGUCAGAUGGACCGAGGCUUGGGCAAAUCCAUGUCAGUGCAGGACCUGAUGCAUGCCCCAGGGACUGUCCAGGACGCCCACCACAGCCACAGCCUGUCAUCUCCAAGCCCCAGUACAAGCAGUGACUCCCCCAUUGGCUUCCACAGCUGUAGCCAAGACCCUGGGGGAGGAGGGGGUGGUGGUGGUAUAGGCAGGAGCAGUGGAGGUGGAUGGGGUGAAGAAGACCUCUUCAUCAGUGACAGGGACAUAGAGGCGCAGGGAUUUGACUUCCUGUCACUGGGGACAGCUGAGGCCCACACCUACUCCUUAGAGCUCCUGAGGACAGGGAGCAGAGCAGGGGCAGGGCCCUGGGGCUCUAAUCGUAGCCUGGCCAGCGGUCACGCAUCCUCUCCCUCUGCUGGCAGCACCGAAUUGCUGAACAUGCCGCACAUACGACUAAAAUAAACUCGCCUACAUGUUCAGAAGGCACACAAAUCUCACCUCACAGAGACAGUUUUUAUCCUUUUUUGGAGGGGUGUGGGAGGGUGGGAAUAUAACAAUGGGUCUUUUUUUGUUUAUUUUCAUGUUGAUCCAUUUGAUAAGAAUCACAGUAUUUUCAUACAGGCUGAUGACAUGACAUAUUGCAUGAGUUACUCUUUGUUUUAAAGUAUGAUUGACAAAUCUGAGAUAAAAGAUGAAGGCUUGUAUGAUGGGAACGCAGACCCCCAAAACCUGAGACUUGGCCAUUAAACAAAGCCAACUAAACUUGGUCCUGAAAGACAGCUGGAUUAUAUGUGACCUAGACACAGCAUAAGCAUUGCAUGUUUUCAGUCAAAGGAGCUGAGAUUAGCAAGAUACAGUUUACACUUAAACAAAGUAGGAAGGCAUGAACACCUAACCAGAAUACCACAGUUGUAAUUAAUGGGGAAAAAAAUGGGCCUUAAUACUUAAAUGUGCCCACGUAUACAAGAUCCAUUUCCUCUCUCCGAUCACAUGACAGGCUUCCAUAUUGAAGUGAAUGUUACCUCACCAUUGCCAAACUUUUCAUUUUCAAACCCUGAUAACCUCCUGAAGUUUAUAUCUUUAAAUUAUAUAAAUUCCUAUCCUCAGCCAAUGACUUUGGUUGCCCAAAAGAUUUUCAAAAAUACCACACACAAGGACCGUAACAGUGUACAUGUAAGUGUUGGCUCCUAAAAUACGGGUCUUUUUGCUGACUGUUUUCGAAUGCAAGCAGAUUAUUUUAAUGUAUUCUUUCUACAGGCAUCCAUUGGUUUGCAAUCAUUUCCAUACUGUAAAUCAAUUAGCAGACUCCUAAAAUGUGCUUGAGUUAUGUAAUCCGUCACAGUGAACAACCGUCAUUUUUGUCAGUGUUACACGAUCAUUGUGUGGUGUGUGUGCAGUUUAGCUUUGAAAAGUCUGCAUUGUUUUACCGCAUAACAAUAAAGUCACUGUAACAGAAAUUACUUGAAACAAGUAAGUUUGAAAAAUCUGGUAACUGAUUUGCAUAUCAUACUGCCAACAUCAGACAAAAUAUUUCAAAAUUUCUAAAACACAGCAUGUAGUGUCCAAGUGAUUUGUAGCAAAUAGGCUUAAACAUGCAAAACCACAGGACUGGUCCUUUAAUUUUUUUCCUUUAGUUAAACUCUGAAUUGUCGGGUAUCUUAUUUUGGAACUCUUUGACAUCCCCUGUUACUGAGGAGUACAGCAGAAAAGCCCAGAGAGAAAAGAGAAAUGCCAGUGUUGCUGUAACUGCCAAAUAUUAAGAUGCUUAUCUAUGUCACUUCUGCCAACAGUCAGCUGUAGUAUGAAGUACACCACGUUCAAAGCACAUACACGCAUGUACACACCUGUAAAUGCACAAGUACAGAUAAGAAUGCCCAUUUACACACAUAGCCAGCUGCAUGUCACUACAUGAUCAGUAUGCUGUGGAGGAUAUAGGUACAAUCCAGAGGAAAGGAAAAGGAGCAGUUGUUUAUUUUCAGAUCAAUUAUGCACCGGUCGGCUGGUUUUCCAGCUGAUGACAGCCAUGGACUGAAACACAUCUUGAAUGUCAUUUCUUGGUUUAAAAAACAGUUAGCUAUUUCGUCAGAAUACAUGUGUCCUAGCAAAGAGCUUUGUUUUGGUUCCGGAACACUGAAAGAAAUGUUCAGAAAUUUUAUUUUGUAUUGCAUUUGACUUUUUGCCGCCCUGUUUUUACAUGAAAGGAAGAUAUUUAAAUCAUGGUUAAUGUUUUUUUCCAUACAGUGUAAUGUGGGAUUAUUUUUGCUUCCUUGAAGUGGGCUCGCUGAAGAAUGUAUUGCUUACUUCAUUAUUAAUAUGAGCAGAAUAUCUAUAGCUUGAACUGCUGAGCAGUGACAUCAAAAUGACUAAUGACCAACUUCCUCUUCCUGUUGCAUGGUACAGAAUCAGGUGCAUCAGGUAGGAUUAAUCGGUUCUCUCAAAGUUGUAGGAAAAUAAUUAUAGCACCACAAGAUGCAGGUAGAUACUACCCAUAAAGCAUCCUAAGCCUCGGUGGUGAAUAAUCACCCUUAGCUAGCAGUACCUCAGUGAAUUCUGAAGGACAAUAUCAAAGACUUGAAUAUGUGAAGGAGGCUUGGGGUCAGUUUGCUUUCAAGAAGUGGAUUUUACUUUCCUUCAGAUAUUUAAAUAGAUUUUGCAUGAAGAGGUUGUCAUAUUCAAACCUAUCUAUAACUGAGAAUGAAUGCCAUGUCAUUAAGACAAAUCACUAGUUAUGGUUCAAACUGAUUGCAUCGGAAGUAAAAAAGAAAAAAAAGAAGAAAAAAAGAAAAGACCCCAGCUCUGAUACGAAGUCUACAAAAUGUGCAGUACAUACAAUAUAUUGGUGCCUUGCUUUUGUGGUACAUAUUCAUCUCCAUAUCUACAAUUUCCUGAAAAGUGCAUUAGGUUCCGCCAAACAGAAAUGGUUGCACUGUCUUCAUUUUCUCUCCUUGUAAAUGUAAUGACUUGAGGCAUUUUACGUUUUUUUAUUCAGACAUCAUUUUGCUACUGGGCAUAAAACAGGCCUUUGACACGUUAACGUUCUGUCUCGUUUCUUUUAAUUUAUUUAAGUUAUGUGCACAUAUUUACACAUUAGUAAUAAUCUGAGUUAGAUUUAUGAAGCCUGUAAUGUAAUGAAAAUGCAAGUGAACUUUUAUUCUCAUUCAUCAAUAAAGGAAAUUGUAUGAAUA